UUAUUCGAGUGUGUUUUGUAUUCCGAGUGUAUUCGUGUACUCUCGUGGUGGUCUAUCGUUUUAUGUAGCGAAAAAAGAACCACCCGCCCAAGCACGAGCCAUUAGUGCAUAUGUUAAGAAGAAUCGAUCGUCGUGAAUCAUACCCUCCCCGUGCGUUGCCUGCAACAGGGGUGUGUUGAAGUGAGCGCCCCUCUUCUGCGGUUGUUGCACGAAAAACCAGUUAUGCGCGCGUAGGCGGUGCAUGGGAAGGCCACGCGAGUAAACAAGUCGCCACCAGGAGGCCACACACACGGAACGCGGGGCAGCACGUAUGUGCCAGUGUGUGAUGCACCUCCGUCGGAGUGCGUAUGCAGCAGUAGCAGCAGCAGCAGCUCCUAGGAAUAGUGUGAUGCUUCUUGCACACCACCGGUUGAUGGUGGUAGUGGUGGAUGCGAUUGACCGGAAAGCAUGCGAGUCGUCCGAUAUGAUCGUCGUAGGUCCGGAUCGCUGACUUGCUCUUCUAAGCGUGUGUGUUGCGAGAAAGACAGCGGAAGAUUGUAGAAGAACAACAAAACACAUCGGAGCAGCAAAUAUACGCAACAAUCAAUUUGCAUCCAAUCCGUGUGGUGGGGUGUAUAGGAGGAACGCCACUAACCACCAGAGUGAACGUGGAAACUUUGCCUGGAUGGGGUAGGCGCGAGCCUCUUCUGCCAGGUGCACUGUGAAAAAAAAGAAAGAAGAAAGAGAACAAGAAGUUUAUCAGCGCCAAAUCGCUACCAUUCCGAAAGUACAUGCCACAAAUGGUGAAGGAUUUUUUAUGGCGCUGCUCUCAUUUCGACUUGGCAUUGUGUUUACAAUAGGAUUACUGUUGCUGAAUGGAUUCACCUCCGACUCGUCCGUGCUUGCCUUUGUCAACGGGGAAGGACCGGAGCGGCUGCGGCUAAUAGCCGCUCCGCCAGCGCACGUGAUCGUGACGGGCACCAGGAGCUCUCCCGUCUAUCUACCAUGCCAGGCGGAACUCGGUCUGGACACGUCCGAGGGCAUUCCCAACAGCAGCUACGGUGACGAGUUCCUGGACGAACAUAACGAGGAGGACGAAGAGGAAGAAGAGGAAGAUGACGAAGGAUACGACGACGAAGAUACCGACGAGAGGGAGGAGGAUGAGGAUGAGAUGGAGGACGAGUUUCUUCCGCACACCUCCCCAUUGCUAACGAACAACAAUCUGUCCAACGACGACCGGCUUUUCGCUCGGUCGAGACAGGACACCGAGCAGCACCAGCAGCAACGCGGUUAUUUUGAUCAUCGUCCUUAUAGUCACCACUACGAGGAGGAGGAUGGGGGGGAGCAACGUGGCCGAGGUCGACGACGGCAACGACGUAGAAAGCGGUACGUUUACCUUGAAAGACGCCGGCUCUCGGAGGGUGGAGAAUAUUACGGGUCCUCGAGUCUCACCUUCGAGUACGUCUGGUAUCGGAAUGGAUUGGAGCUGCUCACCACGUCCUUCCAGAACCAGAACCUGCGUCAAUCGCACAAAGGAUUCCGGCUGUUUGAAAAUGGCACGCUUCGCAUUCCGUACAACCGGCAGAACGGGAACAUGGCGGCGGGAGUGUACCGGUGUAUGGCGAGUCUCGUCAACCAUCAGCAUCGUCGCUAUCACAGCCAGGACUCGAUUUUGUCGACCGAAUGUACCGUUUCGGUAGCAUAUCUAGAGCGAGACAACCGUCUAAACUUCCCAAACAACACGAUCACGGUGGGCGCCCAGGAACCGAUCAUCAUCCCUUGCCCGUUUCAGAGCUAUCCUGUCGCCAACAUCUCCUGGUCGGUUAACAAAACGGAUCUACCACUGCAGUCGAAUUUAAGCAAUCAGAAUGAACAGAGAUUCUUCCUGCUGCAAAAUGGAAGCCUGCUAAUAAGCAAUGUUCAGUUGACGGACAUUGGACGCUAUCGGUGCAAUGCGUCCAAUAAUUACGUCACUAAAAAUGUCCGCAGCAGCAGCGUAAAUCUCAUCGUGCUCAGCACUCCGCCCCAAAGUAGCCUUAGGCAGGAGUCAACAAACCGUCUCCUACCGCCAUUGCAACCACUGCAGCUAUCCGUGCGGGCCGGCGAAACGCUCCGCAUGCACUGCGCGUGCUACUCGUGCAAGCCUCAGUGGAGUUUCAUGCCACGCCACAGCCAAAUCCCGAUACCGCUCGAAAAUUUCACACACCAAGUUGUUUUCGUGAACGUUUCGGUCGAACGCCAUGAGGGCGUGUUCACCUGCAAGACGCCCGACGGUUCCGAUCGCCAAACGUUCAACGUGACCGUGUUGGUGCCUCCGUCGUUUCUGAACAACAUUACCUCGCACACCUCGUCAGUGGUCGCCUCGAUGGCAUUCAACUGCAGCGUUGCCGGUAACCCAAUGCCCACGGUGGUGUGGUACAAGAAUGGACGUGAGCUGAUCAGUAACUACAUCGUACGGUACGAGUACCCGAUGCUGAGCAUCAACACGCUCGAUCCGGAAGACGAGGGUCUGUAUCAGUGCAUGGCGAAGAACGCAGCCGGCGAAAUCUCCGCCUCGUCGUAUCUGACGAUCCGGGACAAGCAGAAGUACCGGCACAAGACGAAGCGACUGGAUGCGAUCCAGUGUUACCCUGUCGACACCACCAGCCUGUACUUAACGUUUGCCGUACCGCCACACGCACAUCCGAACAUCGAGUAUGUGAUGUACUAUCUGGCGAGCGACGAAUCGGUCCGGUGGUACAGUUCGCCGCUGACUCUGCUGGCUGGUAAUGGUAGCCUGCGUAUUAGUGGGCGAAUGAUCGAACCAUUUCGUAAUUACACCGUGUUUCUGCGUGCGUGCUCUGUCAGCGAUAUAUCCGGGACGGAGAACAUUCGCGGCAGCGGUACGCCCGGGAUGAAGAAAGUCACCGUGUCCCGGUUAUCGAAGGGGGUACAAUGUGCAUCGCAAGGAUAUCCCGUUUUGUCAACAUUUUUCCCCAACAAUGGAAUCUUCAUUUGGUGGCCCAAGUACGAUUCGGUAGAACCGACAGCGUUUACGAUUCAGCUUCGACACAAUGAUAAUAGUAAUUUCACCACUUUUACUAAUCAAAUCAUCGGAACGGUUGACAUGCUCGAUGAUUAUGUGACGUACGAAGAGGUAGAACCACUGCUCGGGAAGAUCGAUGCUGAAACGAAUCAAAUCCAAGACUGGCUGUGGAGUGAAUACGACGGUAGUGGCAGUGGGGACGAUAAUGGAGAAAACCGACCACGCCGUCGUCGGCAAAGCCAGCGGCGCAAUCGCCAUGCCUUUGAUUUGUCGAAAGAUCGAAAGCAAAUAUUUGAUUCGUUAGCUACCAGCGGUGCGGUUGACGUCGACGUUCCGAUCUCAGACGUCGUGCAUGCUGCUAACAUUCGUUCCAAUGCGUCCAGUGUAGUAGCUGCAGUGGCAGCAGCAAAGCUAUCGGUGGGCAACCUAGGCGAUCAGCUUGGUGAUGGUGGGCAGCUCCGUAAAGCUCAGCAGCAGAUUACGAUCACGAGAGUAAAGGUGGCGGGCAAUGUCACUGGCAUCCUGUUGCCCAACAUUCGUAGUGUUAUGGUGCGAGUGUUGGGCUCCAUUUCUCCUGAUGGUGAGCCCGCGGCACAGGAUUUACGGCACGUUGAGUGGAAAGUGAUUGAUACGGACACUCCGAGGGCCGAUACUAUCAAUCGAUUUCAAGCGAGUCACAUUGAUGCCAGAAGUGUACAGUUUACGUGGAGCCGUUUUGUGGCCACAAAGUCCAUCAACCGUUGUCUGCAAUUGUGCUAUAAAAAUGUCAACUAUGAUGCUAUGCUGCGUGGCGGGUCCGCUGGAUUAGAUUGCCAAAACAUCCCAAUGGAUGCAUCGCACUUCAACGUGAAGGAUCUACUUCCUCUUACUAUGUAUAAAGCUUUUCUAAAACCCUGUGAAUCGAAGGAGGCAUUAAGUGACAUUUUAGAUUUUCAAACAAAACACGAUGUCCCUGGCCCAGUAACAAAUCACGAGCUUCACCGUAAAGGUGGUACAAUAAGCAUUACUUGGGGACCGCCCGAGAACCGCAAUGGCGUACUGCAAGGAUAUUUAGUUGAAUGGAUCAACGAAGAUAGCAUACAGCAUUUGGCGAAUCUAUCAGUGGAUGCGACUAGCUUUACGUUCCCGAACGUAACCUCUGACGAACGGAUCAAUAUAUCACUCCGCGCACUCAGCAGUUCCGGUCUCGGUAUUCCGAUUUAUUUGAAUCUGAAAAACUAUGAGCCUGUUAAUGAUGGAGUUGAUGGGAAAAAUAGCUCCAAUAGCUCGUCAUCAAACAGCCAACGAUGGCUCUUUCAAAUGUACUUGAUUAUACUCGUGUUGUUGCUGUUUGUCACCAUUGGAGUGUGCUGCUGUUUGGUGCUUCGACGUAAGGCUUGCAAAAAGGCUUCAAGCAGUUCUGCCGCUGGACUUGCUAAUAGGGCUCCCCAGAUGGCUACGAGCAACGACGGUCGGCACCAUCUCACCAUUGAUGCAUCCGCAAUGCAAAUGAUGGGAAUGAUGACCGGUUGCAACAGUGAUAUGCACGAGAUGCAAACGCUAAUCAACGCUAGCUCAAGCAGCAACUAUCCACAUGCAAAUGGAGGAACCGUGCCAAAUGGGUUCGCUGUUGGCACUUGCAAUCAGUCGAUUGGAGGGCCUAUGCCGGUUGCUGCAUUGAUGACUGCGAAUCGAUUACAAUCGCUACCAACAAAACACGCUACUUCUGAUCCAAUAGCGACAUUUGUGUCCAUUGAAGGCAACAUUCCUACUCGUACGAAUAGUAUGAAUGGUGGAUGUACAUCGAUACCCUCGUACAAAGAGCUGCUGAGUAGAGAGCGAAUCGAUUUGACGCAUCGACGACCAUCGAUAAGCAAGAUCGAGCGAGUCGACGAUUCAGCCUCAGUUACUCCAGCGGCCAACGACAUUGUUUCUACACCUAGUAUGGUAGCAGUGAUUCCAACCAAUCAGGAGUUUUUGAUGACAAAUGGUCCGACGAGUACAUGCACCGUCAACGAUAGUAACAAAAACCACUCGCCAUCACCCUCACGCAUCAUUGUUGACAGCAAACAGCAGUCGCCGACCUUAUCCUUCUCGUCAAAAUCAUCCUGUGCUGUGCUACCAUCGUCAUCGUCCUCGUGCUCAUCCACACCCCCUUCGUCGUUAUCGCCAGCUUCCUCACAAUGCGUCAUAAAAAUGCGCUCUCCAUUAGCACUCGAUAGCAGCCAAUGUAGAUUAUUAGAAACAACGUUAGAUAGUAACACAAGCACCAUUAAUAUAGAAGAAACGAAGCAACAGCAACUAGAGAAACCAGCACCACCACUACACCCAAUAGGAAUUUAUGAUUACGAUUAUGCAACAAACUGUGAUGAUAUAAAAGAAGAAAAUGAAAGCGACCACAUGCGGCAGCUUCUGUCUGUGCAGGAGAGAUUUGCGGUGCCUGAUGAAAAGACGACCGCGGGGUUGGCGGUGACAAGGCCAAUGGAAUAUUCUGUUGCUGUGAUGUCCACUUUCGAUAAUCAGCACAACCAUGAUGGGUGCAUUUACCGGCAAAAAAUGUCAAAACCUCAACAUCGUGAACCCAGUCUUGGUUAUCGCCCUGUAGAUGAAAAUGCCGUAUCGAAUAACUGUGGAGACGAUGUGUCUAUGGUGAAAAAUCUUCAAUCCUACAACAUUAAGAGUGAUAACGACGGUGAAGAGGACGACGACGACGAUGAAGAUGAAGAGUUAGAUAACUCUUCAUCGUUAUUAAAUACGAGCAGCCUCAGUACAAAACCCCUCCAUCAGCAGAAUCAUACUUCCAGCUGGAAUUUUCGGCGGCCAAUCAUCGGUCCAAAUGGCUAG